AUACUGGAGCGCGACCAGAUGGAAUCCUGCACUCCCUUCUUUACGGAUCCCUCACGUUUUGAAUUGUAUCGCAGACAUUUUUAGCAGACUUUUAGUGGUCAACCAACAAUCCUGGUGUGAACACAGAGUCUUUACUUUCAGGCUCGGCUGCGCUGUGAACCGGGACUGGAGCGGUCAGGACGUUUAAAAGGCACCAAACAUCUUCUCGCUGUCUCGAGGCGUUAACGGGUGUCCGUCAUGCCGCUGUUUGGUAAAUCCCACAAGAGUCCCACAGACAUUAUCAAGACCCUAAAGGAAAACCUGGCCAUCCUGGUCAAACAUGACAAGAAGACAGACAAGGCGUCUGAGGAAGUGUCAAAAUGCUUGGUGUCGAUGAAGGAGAUUCUGUACGGCAGCAACGACAAGGAGCCGCACACCGAGACCGUGGCCCAGCUCGCACAGGAGCUGUACAACAACGGCUUGCUGAUUGCGCUGGUAGAAAACUUGCAGUAUAUAGAAUUUGAGGGUAAGAAGGAUGUUUGUCAGAUCUUUAACAACAUCUUGAGGAGGCAGAUCGGCGCGAGGAGCCCCACCGUUGAAUACUUGUGCUCCCACCAAGAGGUCCUCUUCAUCCUGCUGAAAGGAUACGAAACCCCCCAGAUAGCGCUGAACUGCGGCAUCAUGCUGAGGGAAUGUAUUCGCUACGAGCCACUCGCCAGGAUAGUUCUCUAUUCCGAACAUUUCCACAGCUUCUUCAGCUAUGUGGAAAUGUCCACAUUUGACAUUGCUUCUGACGCCUUUGCGACCUUUAAGGAUCUCCUUACAAGACACAAAGCGGUUGUGGCUGAAUUCCUCGAAAAGAACUACGAUGCUGUGUUUGCUAACUAUGAGAAGCUGCUGCACUCUGAGAACUACGUCACAAAGCGGCAGUCACUUAAGCUCCUGGGCGAGCUGUUGUUGGACAGACACAACUUCACGGUGAUGACAUGCUACAUCAGCAAGCCUGAAAACCUCAAGCUAAUGAUGAAUCUGCUCAGAGACAAGAGCUCCAACAUUCAGUUUGAGGCCUUCCACGUGUUUAAGGUGUUUGUAGCGAACCCCAACAAGACGCAGCCCAUCGCUGACAUCCUGCUGAAGAACCAGACCAAACUAAUCGAGUUCUUAAGCAACUUCCAGAAGGACCGCACAGACGACGAGCAGUUCAACGACGAGAAGACGUACCUUAUCAAACAGAUCAAGGAUCUUAAAAAACCAGCCUCCUAAAAGAGCCCCCCCAAUCCCACCUAAUUUUUUAUUAAUAGGAAGGUGUAGAAAAUAGAAAAAAACAAAACAAAAAAACCCACAUCAACAAUAAUGGUUGUACUAUUUAAAAAGAUUAUUCUGUUUGUUGGUAAAAGUAGCUCAUAAUCAAUGAUCUAACUUUUGUAAAUUAAUUUUUUUUAUUUAGAAAAUCUUUUUUCUUUUUUUUUUUCAUGUGUAGCACGUAGCUCAAUGUGUUGGAAGCAUCUGAUUAGCUUUGUCAAACGAACCAGCAGGGGGGUAAAAAAAAAGAUGGCUUGGGCCAAAAAUGCUUUCUCCUUCCGCCGCUUUUUAAAGAUGAAAUCUGCAAUCAUGUGAAGUUGCUGCAAAUCGCCAAAAUCUCAAAGGAUGUUUUUUUUUUUUUUUUUUCUGACGAAGAGAUUCCUGAGGGAAGAUGGAAGAUGUUAGUAGAGUAUGGAGUGAAAAUAGUCUCAAAAUACCUGUGCGCGUGUAAUACUGGAUUUGUAAUCCGUGUGAGCAUCUUUGUGUGUAACUUUGGAGAGUUGUACCUGUGAAACAUGAUUUGUAAACCGUAAAAAGAAAAUGUGUGCAUAACUCCGGGUACUUGUAAAUAUGUGAUCAAAUGCAUAGACAAAAAUGAAGAAAUUAUGAAUAUAAAAUAAAAGUACACACACACAAUUACAAUUUCUACAAACAUUAAAUUUCUACACACAAAUUUUUUAACUUACAACCUCACAAAUCUGAUAAAUACGAAUUCAAACCUUCCACGCCUACACAUGUUAAAUGGGUCCGCACGAGUCGCCCGGUGCGCUCAGACAAGACUUGCAUGUUCGCACAGAUCCGGUUACGACUGCACAAGGACUUUUGAAACUCAUUUCACGCUUCAGACAGCCUCAAAUUUGUGCGGAAGUGGUGCGUUUAAAUGCCGGUGGAAAGCUGGGUCAUAUGAGUUUUGCUCGGAGUCUUAUUAUUUUUCAUCCUCUGAAAGUUUGUCACCGUGCUUGUGCCAAAGUGGCAAUGACGUUAUUUUGUUGGAAAGCGGAAUAUUUCUGUACUUCUUUAUCCACCUUAUUCCUAGCCUCCAUGAGGUUUUGCCUGUUUUAUGGGCGCGACUUCUGCCGCGAAACCAUUGUUUACAUGUCAGCAACUCGCUAACCGGCUUUCGUCAGAGGUUUUAGGCUACAAGAUAUGUACAAUCUCAGCUUAAGUAUGGUAAUAUUGUUUUACUUCUACCUAUAGCUAUCAACAACGCUCCGACACUUGUGAAAAUUACGUUGAUCUUUGCCAACACUUAAUUUCAAGUUAUUAAAUAAUGGUAACAUCAACAGUGAAUCUCCACUUAUGAGGUUGAACUGAAGGGGAGAUUGUUUAAUGGUUACAACAGUACAAAAAUACAUUUAGUAAUUGGUGUGUGUUUUUGUGUGUUCCACUAUUCUCCACGAAACUCUUAGAGCCCCCCUCGCCUCCCUGCCCCAGCCGCCAGGUUGUGCGUUACGGCCCUGCUGUCACGCAUCGCACAGCGCUCCUCCUGCGGCUCCUCAACGCAGAUGUUUCCUGCACAAAUUUGUGACAUUUAUCCUAAUAUUAAUUAUUAUAAUGGCGUUUAGUUGCGAGACUUUACGGACACGUUCAUUCGUGUCUGUUUUCCCGUUUAUUGCGCUGUUCAUAAUAGUCUCGAUGUUUGCAAUUGUAGCGCAACGCGAAGCUCGACGUCCUUCACAGCAAAUACAUUAACUUGACAUUAACAAAGACACAGCGGGACGGAUCAUCCGGGAAAUGAUGGACAGGGAGAGUCUGACUAAAACUAGUUGGAGGUCAGACAAAUUCUGGGGUUUAUGUCUGCUUAUUUCCAAGCCCAAAUAAGCAACUUCACGUUCAAAAACGAGCCCAAAAGCGCAACCCGCGACUCAUUAAAUUUGCUGGCGACUUUAGAAAAACAAAAACAAAACACAAGCCCAAAGCCGCUUAUAAUAAUCGGGCUUGGCGACCGAGACUCAAAAUAGUUCCUGUUUUUCCAGCGACAAAAUGCGCAUCUCCCAUUGUUCUGUCGCUGCUGAUAACCGUCGCAUAGAAACGGCCAUCGCUCCCCAAGACGAUAACAUUUAAUUACAAAAAAUAAAAUAGUAACGCAAAGUGGUUUCGAUAAGUAACUGUAGUCUGACUACUGGACUUGAAAUAGUAACGCGUUAGGACAGCCACGAAAAGCGCAACAGUUAACCGGAAACAAAACGCCUCCCAGGAAUAAGGUGGAUAAUAGACAUAUUGUGCAUUUUUGAGCGGUACAGGUGAGAUGACAUUGUUUAAAAUAUAUUGUUAAUCUCUUUAUGUUGAAUAAAUAAAAAAUAUUACUUAUUU